AUGUCAGGACUACUUGAUGUAGCAAACAAGAAAAAGCAUACUGUGAGAAGGCGCGCGAUGCCGGCGCCAAUGCAAACGAUGCGAUUGCACAUGGACAAAGUGUCGGUAGUCGCAUUCUUCAAAGACGGUCGACGGGUCGUCACUGGUUCUUGGGACUGCACCCUGCGAAUUUGUAACAUACAGAAAGGAGUAGUGGUAGGGGGGCCAUUCAUGGGACACAGUAAAAAGGUGUUUUCAGUUGCGGUAUCGCCGGACGACAGGCAAAUUGCGAGCGGUGGAAAAGAUAACACCAUCAUCAUCUGGGACGUCGAGAGCAAGCAGAUGUUAUUCAAUCCGCUGGCGAAGCAUACAAAUUGGGUGACUUCGAUGUGCUUCUCCCCCGAUGGCAAGAGACUUGCAAGCGGGUCAUAUGAUUCGACAGUGAUUAUGUGGGAUGUAGAGACUGGCGCUGCCCUCUCAACACUCCAGGGUCAUCUGCGUGGGGUGUCGAGUGUCGCAUUCAACCCAGAUGGUCUAAAAUUAGCAUCUGGAUCAUUGCGUACCAUUUGGAUUUGGCGCACAGAUAACGCCGAACUUGUUUUCAAAAUCAACGCUCAUGAAAGUUGGGUUCUCAGCGUUGCGUGGACGCCUGACAGCCAGCAACUUGUCUCUGCAUCAUAUGACAAACAAGUCAAGUUCUGGGACUCCUCGAAUGGAUACCAGAUCGGUCAACCUUGCACUAGUCACACUUCUGACAUUAACUCGCUCGCCAUCUCUUCUGAUGGCUCCUUCAUUGCAACUGCCUCGGACGACAGGACUGUGCAACAUUGGAGCACAAAGUCACACAAGCAAAUAGGACAACAACUCAAACACAUCGUGGAUGUUACAUGCGUCGCCAUUUCUCCCAAUGCAGAAUCGGUCGUGGUCGGAGACCUCUAUGGCGAGGUUCAGCUCUGGUCAAUCAAGAACACACUUUCGGCAGCAGUCCAGCUAUAUUCUUCAUCUGACUCUUACUUUGCACACCGCAGUAAGGUGAAGUUGGGACAAAACCUCCAUCCUGAGGCCCUUUCGGACGCCGAAAAGGUUAUCGAAAUCAACCCAUCGUCUUACCUUGGGUACAAACUGAAGCAUGCAGUUCUUUACGGAGCACAGCGCUAUGAUGACGCAAUCGCGGCCUUCAAAAUCAUGCUUUCCAAGUUGGAUGAUGCACCCGACUCACAGAUACGACAGUUGCGCCAGCAAUAUGUCAGUCCAUCUGAAGUAGAAAAUGCUAUUCGACAAGCCAUACAUGAUGUCCUGGAAAAUGCCCCCCUUCGUCUAAUUAACACCGUCACUGGGAACCUAUGUGAUCGACAGGCACAGAUAAAUACCUUCAUGAAAAGCACAAUGUACAAGGAGAUCUUAUCAUCAUCAAUGCUGCAUAGGCCCCUCCAAACGGAGCCUAUCAGAGAAGUGGUCGUGAAGUACUUCAGUUGGGUCAUGUUAUCCCAUAGGUGGGAAACCAAGGAGCCGCGGCUGCACGAAAUCCAGGACAAGGACGUGUAUACCUUGCGUCCAGCUGGAACUAUAGUGAAGCUGCAGAAGUUCUGCAAAAUCGCUCGCGAUGCAGGACAUUAUUGGGCGUGGAGCGAUACAUGCUGUAUCGACCAGAACAAUAACGUCGAGCUCCAACAAUCGGUCCACUCCAUGUUCGUCUGGUAUCACCACUCAGCACUCACCAUUAUCUAUCUAUUGGAUGUUUCCCCUUCGUCAAAGUCUGGCGCACUGGCAAACAGUGUUUGGAACACCCGAGGAUGGACUGUUCAGGAGUUCCUCGCUCCUACAAUUGUUCUCUUCUACCAAGCAGACUGGACCCUAUAUCUCGACGACUGCUCACCCAACCACAAGGAGUCUGCCAGUAUCAUGCAGGAGUUGGAGCGUUCAACUGGUAUAAAUGCGGGGGCGCUCGUCGUCUUCAGCCCGGGAAUGAAAGAUGCCCGAGAGAAACUUCAAUGGGCAUCAUGCCGUGUCACCACAUUGCAGGAAGACAUUGCAUACUCAUUGUUUGGCAUUUUCUGCAUUCAUCUACCUGUCAUCUACGGAGAGAAGAAACAAAACGCGCUCGGACGUCUCUUGCAGGAGAUCAUCGCUCACUCGGGCGACAUCACAGCCCUGGACUGGGUUGGACAGUCGUCCAGCUUCAAUAGCUGUCUGCCAGCUGAUAUUGCCUCAUACAGAGGCCCGCCAUGCACACCAUCAUCUCCAUCCGAAGACGAGAUUCAGUCAUCGGUCUCCUCGCUGCGAAAUAAUGUGGAUCAGGAGUCAGCUUUGAAGCUCUACACCAUCCUUGACAACCUCAGUGCUCCUCGCUUCGCCAACUGCAGACUGCAACUGCCUUGCAUCACAUUUCCAGUCACAAAAGUCAAACGGAGGGUCGGUACACCUUGCACUUAUCAUAUAAAGGCAGAUGGACUUCAAGACCUGGAAAUCACAACGACGGACACACUGGUUCAAUUCUGGCCCGAAAGGCCCACCUCACAGAAAUUCUUGCUCAUACGUCCAUGGAAUCGUCAUGAUCUUGGGCUGCCCGACUUUGCAGACGAGACGCAGAGCACGGACGAUAGGCCUGAGCCUGGGUCUCCUUCAGAUAACGAGCCGGCUAGUCCGCAGUCUCUGACGCGGGAGUCGAGCUUAAUCGUUCGCCUCGGACAGCGCUUGGGCGCACUUUGGCUAGGGCAACAGGGACCGGCUGAUUCGCGAUCUCACACGCGAGAGUUGGCAUUAGUCGUUCGCCUUGGACAGCCUUUUAGUGCACUUUUACUAGCGCAGCAGCGGGGUGGGGAGUAUAAAAGAAUCGCUUCGGGUUGCAAUAUCAUCGCACGAGUUAGGGACAUGAUGAAUGUCAGGACGCUAGAGAUAUUGUAG